AAACAUCCGUCCAGCGCUGGGGUUUCCGCAAAGUAAAGCGACUGAUGGGGCUGUAGACAGGAGUCUUCUUGAUCAGCGAGCCCAAAUGUCUAACUGGCAAUGGAAGUCCUAGUCAUGCCCUCAACAGUAUGCUCGUCAUGGUGGUGAAGCCAGCAGCAAUGGAGAUGAUCCAGGCAAUCUGAAUGUUAGAACAGCGUGCUGGCGAUACCGUAGUCGCAGAGCUGGACGCGUCCCCGCUGGAGCUUGACACCGUCGUGGUCAGAUCGGCAAUACCCAUCGUCGCUGAGCUCGAAGUGACAGUAGUCGAAGCAGAAUCCGUCGCCGUGGUACCUUGCUCCAACGAUGUCAUCUUGAGCGACGUAGACACAACAUCAGUAACAGAAACCGUACUACCUACCCCCGUCAUCCACUCCCCUCCUCCGCCCUCAACCUUCUCACAGAUACAUGCCAUCCCUAUAAACCCAUCUGGCGUAACACAAGUCCCAUCGACAUCCCCCCUCUGGCUUAUACAAAGGCCCCGGCUCGUACGAUCUACUCAACAUGAGACACUCCUCAUCAGCCUAAACAUUAAAAGACGGCCUCGCACGAGUCUCGCACCAAGGCCUCUUAUUCAGCACGAACGCUUCAAACUCGCCGGUCGUAAUUUUCGCCGUGCCGCAGUGCUCAAGGCCUAGAAUGAAAGAGUCAACAUAGAUGCGGCUAGUGCAUUUGGUGUCAACGUAGAGGCUGAUAUUGCCUGUUUU